AUGUCUUCAACUUAUAUGGUAUUUCGUUGUGCAUUUACAAUAAUUAAUAUGUGUUUCUUUGCUUUGGGCUUUGCUGUUGUCGUUUGUAGUUGGUGGUUACAUAUAAAGUCAGUUGAUUAUCGACCAUUAAUGAAAAAUCAAUGGUUCACUGCACCUGCAAUAUUGAUCAUAUCAGCGAAACUUUCGAUGUUACUUGGUGCUGCCGGAUGUAUUGGUGCAUGGUUUGAAAAGAAAAUAUUAUUAUUUAUUUACAUCAUAACAAUGAUUACUAUUUUCGUUGCAUUACUACUUGGCGUUGUAUUUGUUAUUGCUUUUAAUGAACGGGUGGCAAAGACAGCUCGAAACGAAUUACUUGAAAAUAUUCGUCGAUACCCAGGAGAGGAAGGUGCUGAUGACUAUAAUUUUCGAAAAACAAUGAAUUCAAUUCAAAAACGAUUUCACUGUUGUGGUAUCGAUCAAUAUCACGAUUGGUUUAAUGCUGAUGUGUGGACAGGUCAAACCUAUGUACCUGAUUCAUGUUGUAUUGAGGAAACAAGUGGCUGCGGCAAACAAAUUGCUGCUAAUGAGACAUAUGGUUUAAUUUAUACAGAUGGAUGUUUUAAUAUGAUUCAAAUGGAGAUUAAUCAAAGUUUAAUGAUUGUCGGCAUUUUAGCCUUUGUUCUUGUCUUCGUUGAAGGUUUUUGUAUUGUUGCUGCUCUUGGCCUCCUUUGUUAUCUUCGUCAACGUGAUCGCUACAUUUAA